CCGGAUCUUGUUUUCAUAAAAAGCAAAAACAGACGAACUUGUUGCCUGGCUUCAGAGAUAAUUACAUUAUUAUUUGCCGCCGAUAACAACUUGAGAUGUGUUUUUGGAGUAAAAGGUAUGGACACACAUGCAGCUCAGCAGAGAGUGGUCUUGUCUGCUGCGGGUAGCUAGCCAUGCCUAGCUAGGUGUCUUACCCUGCUGGGCUCUACCCUUCUACCCUUGGUCAUAACCUCCAGAGCUUCCCAGGACUUUGAAGUCUCCCUUGACCCUCUCUGAACUGGACCAUCCCACAGGGCAUCAUGGGGGAAAGGCGGGCACGCUCCUUCCACAUGACGUGCCACGUGCAGCGCGACUAUGGCAACAGGCUGGGGAGCUCCUUCAUAGGUUGCAGUCCCAAUGGAUAUGCCAGCACGAGCCUCAGCCUCAGCUUGGACCAGGAGAUAGAUGCUGAUCUUGCAGCCUCCACUGGCACUACUACAACCACUAGUACUGCUCUACGGGCUCCUGCACCUGACAGAAGCCACUACUCUCCUGUUUCACUGGAACUGGACCCCGCAGCGGUGAAUAAUGGAUCAGGCAUUCCCUGCUGUCCGCCAGCAGAUACAAAGGACCCAGCGCUGCAGAUGAUACACAGCCAGCCCUCUAUCACCUCUGUCCCGCCACCUCUUCCUCGUUCGAGCUGGCUGCAUCAUCAUCAAAAGGAUUUCCAGAGCCCUUACAUCAAGACUAGCAUGCAGGGGGAUGUUUACAACUUCCUAGAGAGACCUGCUGGACUGAAAUGCUUCCUCUACCACUUCCUUGUCUUCCUCAUGGUCCUGGUGUGUCUAAUCUUCAGUGUCUUGUCAACCAUAGAGCAAUAUGCAGACUUUGCCACUGGAACCCUCUUCUGGAUGGAGAUUGUGCUGGUGCUGUUCUUUGGCACAGAGUAUGUGGUGCGGCUGUGGUCGGCAGGCUGCCGCAGCAAAUAUGCGGGCAUCAAAGGACGUCUCCGCUUUAUCAGGAAGCCCAUAUCAAUCAUAGAUUUGAUAGUGGUUAUCGCCUCAAUCAUUGUGCUCGGUGUAGGGUCCAAUGGCCAAGUGUUUGCCACGUCUGCCAUCAGGGGCAUCCGUUUCCUCCAGAUCUUGCGCAUGCUACACGUGGAUCGACAGGGAGGAACAUGGAGGCUCCUAGGAUCUGUGGUCUUUAUUCAUCGACAGGAGCUGAUCACCACUCUGUACAUUGGAUUCCUGGGCCUGAUUUUUUCCUCCUACUUUGUCUACUUGGCGGAGAAGGAUGCUGUGGAUGAGGAGGGCAAGACGGGCUUCUCCAGCUACGCCGAUGCCUUGUGGUGGGGCGUGGUGACUGUCACCACCAUCGGCUACGGAGACAAAAUUCCUCAAACGUGGAUAGGCAAGGCCAUUGCCUCCUGCUUCAGUGUCUUCGCAAUCUCCUUCUUCGCUCUGCCUGCUGGUAUCCUGGGCUCAGGGUUUGCCCUUAAGGUCCAACAGAAGCAGAGACAGAAGCAUUUCAACAGACAGAUCCCUGCUGCGGCCUCACUCAUUCAGACACUGUGGAGGUGCUAUGCAGCAGAGAAACCAGGCGGCUGUGCUGCUACAUGGAAAAUGUACGUCCUAACUCCAGAGGCCGUCACCACAGUGGAAUCUGACAACUCCAGUCCUAAUAUCAGGAAACUGAACAUAUCGAAAAAGGGAACCAAGAGGAGAUUGAAGCCCAGAGGUAAUGGCUCUAUGGGUGUCGCCUCAGAGAGGGCUGUAUCAAUCCCCCAGAUCACCUACGAUCACAUUGAUGACUCUGUAGAGAAGAAAGAUGUCUCAUUUUUCUUGGAGGAGCCAAGGGGCUCUGUUGAAGGAAUCACCAGGUUGUUCAGACAGACAGGCCCUCCUCAUCAUUCUUGGUCAUCUUUCACUCUGAGCUGCCCUGGCUCUCCAGUCAAGAGGGAUCAUGAUAACAGCACCUCCAUCGACAUCUCCCGCGCCAACAGCUUAACUGAUGAGCUGGACUACAUGAGUGAAGACAUUCCCCUGCCAGUGGUGACUCACAAAGCUCAGUUGUCCCAUGCCCAGAGAUCAGCGGUAAAAGUUCUUCGCAGAAUGCAGUACUUUGUGGCCAGGAGGAAAUUUCAGCAAGCACGGAAACCCUAUGACGUGCGAGAUGUGAUCGAGCAGUAUUCCCAGGGUCACCUCAACAUGAUGGUCCGCAUCAAGGAGCUUCAGAGAAGGCUGGACGGCACACUGGGGAAGCCAGGAAUGUUUCUUCCAGGAAAAGGAGAAGAUAAAGAAUACCCAACUAUUGGAGCACGACUGAUCAGGCUGGAAGAUAAGGUCCAUCAGAUGGACCAGAAAAUGGACUCAGUCCUGCGGGUCCUGAUGGAGCAGUUCCCUCCCAAGCCAGAGCUGACAUCCAAGCCCUCCAUCCGCAGGGUGACCAUCCAGAAAUGCAUGGGCACCAGCAUCGACGAGGGACCCUGAUGUCACAGAGAAGGUAGCACUGGGUAUGGUGAUGUCACCACCAAAGGACAAUUAAAAGGGCAGGAUUACACAUAGACAGCCUAGCGUCCUACAUGGGAGCCUGCAAAAUAAUAAGGGGACUCAAUCUUCCAAACCCCAUUUCCUCUACUCCUUUUGCAAUCCCAUUUUCUCACAGAUUUUUGACCCCUGAUAAGAGAACAACUUUUAAUUGUGCACUGUUCUGGGACAAAAGAACUACUGACUGAGGGAUUCAUGGUGUAGGAACAAGGCUGACUAAUCUCUUCUCUCUGAUGAUUGUUGGGCCUGUUUAGGUCUUUUUUUGUUGUCUACAUGUAGCUUUCUCUUCUACACUAGCAUCGUGGGCCCUCAAGCUUCCCCGGCAGCACACAGUCAUUCAAGCUGCGACACGCUGCAUGAAUUUAUUUCACUACAUUAACCUCAUAAUCACACUACUCAGAUGAUGUUAAUUUAUGUGUGGCCUGUCACUGAGCUGCAUUCCUCUACUCCAAAUAUUAUUCCAAAGCUAACUAACCCAGUAAUGAAGUCGUAAUGCAAUCAAAGCACUCAAGUUCCCCAAAGACACAGAGAAAAACUGAGAGUCCAGCCAUGGCAGAGGCAUUCCUCAAAUCCUUCUGAUUAUCUUGGCACCAUCCACACCCAGUACACAACAGGGUUAUUUCCACAGCCACAUAUCCAUCUAGCCUAACUGUACUUAGACUGCGGCGGGUGUUUGUUAGUAGUGAUCAAAUAACACGAGGAGGGAAAGGCAGAUUAUCUGUUGACUUUGCCCAGCAUUAGGGACCGGAAGGCUGGAGUAAAAGAAAUGGAACUAAAGAAAUGUGUCUGGGGUGGGCUGGGUGGCUAACCUGGUGCUGAUUUACAGCUACGUUAGAGCUAAUAAAAAUAGCCAAACUGCCGAGACAGGACCUGGAGCUGUAUAACAGGAAUACACUCAGAAGUAAUGGCACGGUCUCUGUUUGCUCGAGGUUUUCACUGGGAGAUUAGGGAGAUAUGUAUACUGGACACUCUUUGCAGCACCGCUGCUCACACCACCAGAACCCUGCUUAAUAUCCGCUAUUACCCUCUUCUGGGGCUCACACUGCUGUGUGCAAUUUUAAAUAAAUUUGCCCCAUUACCGCUCUGAUUAUUUUUUUCUCUCCUGAGCUAAUUAAGUGUUGAAUUCUUGGUAAGGGGAGAUUGCUCAUUGCGAGCAUCUAAUGAGAAGAAACACUAGAAAAUGUGCAGUACAGUGAGCUUUGAGGAGCAGGCACACUCAUUCUGUGUGAAAUGUUGGGAAAUAUCAGGCUACCACUGAGAGCCCACGUUUGAUAUAAAAAGACAAUGCUCUCACUUUGUUCCCAUACUCAUUGUAUUUAUCUGACAGGACACUGAGGCAUGUAGGAAGUAGAAAAUAGAAAAUAACUCAAGUUACUGUAUGAAAGGCCUCCCAUAAUUAUAGCAUGCGCAUUCCUAAAAAGACGGAUGCACACACAAAAGCGGGGUGAACAAGGGAUGGGAAAGAGAGGCUUUCUCUCUGCACUAACAUAUAUUUUACUAUUUUUGCAGUGGUUAAAAAUCUAGCUAUUAUUUAUCUUCUAUUAAAUAAAGUGGUUGUAUUUUAAAGGUACUCUAAUUAUGUGACAGACCUUGAUACAGAUCUGCCUGUCUGUUCUCCUGUACAGUUUUAUAAGAGAUGUAAAUAGAAACAUUGCCUUAUUGUACUGUAUUUAUUAUCACGUGGAACGAUCAACCUGGAACAUGUCUGCUUGUUGGAGUGAUGAGAAACACAGAGAUGGUGGCUCCUGUUGUACAGAUGGAUGGAAAUGAUUGUAAAUGAU